AUGAACGAAUAUUACUAUUCCUAUUCCAAACUCCGUCAGGAGUUUGGACGCCAUUGUAAUUUCGAGGUCUCCGAGCCGAAGCUGCUCGGUGCAAUCGACCCCAAGCCAGAGCUAAGGAACCAGUAUGUGCGGAAGAAUCCGCGUACAUUUGUUUCGGACAACAUCAUGGAGAUGUCUGAACACAUGGUGAACACGGAAAGAGUUCGCGUCGGAACCAAGGGAAUGAAACACGUUGAAGGAGGCUGGCCCAAAGAAGUCGAUCCAUCAGAAAUUCAGGAGACAGCAAAAUGGCGAAAGCGUCUGGAUCGGGACCCUGGCUUUGCAACGGCCAUUAAACACCUGAGUAGCGAGGCCACGCGUCCACUCAUGCAGAACGACACGCUGGAUAUAUUCGAAGAGUAUUUCGCCGGAGAGACAGUCCAAACCACUUCCAGUAACCUUUCGGCUCGGUCCCUCACGCUUUUCAAAGACAAAGUGACAGACUGCAAGCGAACCGCCACAUGCAUUGCGUGGCACCCGGAAGGCUCAACCAAACUCGCAGUGGCCUACGCUAUUCUCAAAUUUCAGAAGCAGCCUGAUCCCAUGCCGUCGCAGGCAUACAUCUGGGACGUUACACAAUGCAACACGCCCCUUACGGAGCUCACAGGACAAAGUCCCGUCGUCUCAAUCAUGUACAACAACAAAAUAACAGAUGUCAUCGUAGGCGGUUGCUACAACGGACUGAUCUCACUGUGGGAUUUGAGGAAAGGAACGAAACCGGCAGAGACAUCUCGUACGGAGACAAGUCACUACGACCCAGUCUACGACGUCACGUGGCUUCAAAGCAAAACAAACAACGAACUCGUUUCAGUGUCCACAGAUGGCCACGUUCUCUGGUGGGACACGCGAAAUCUCUCGGCUCCCGUGGAAGACUGCGAACUCCCGGACGCGGCUGCUUCGACACAAACCGUGGGGGGCAUGUGCAUUGAGUGGAGUGUGGACGCAGGACCAACAAAAUACCUUGUUGGAACGGAGCGGGGCAGCACCGUAUCCUUAAAAAAGAAGCCCAAGAAGGUAGACAGCAAGUCUGUCGAAAUUGCACAGAGAUUCGGUCAAGAAACAGGAAGACACUAUGGGCCUGUCUACGCUGUCCGGAGAAAUCCCUUCCACCCGAAAUACUUUCUCACAGUCGGCGACUGGACUGCGAAGAUUUGGAUGGAAGAAAUCAAAUCUCCAAUUAUCUGCACAGACUAUCACCCCGCGUCGCUCUUGAACUGCCAGUGGAGUCCCACCCGUCCGGGUUUGUUCAUGGUAUGCCGUGAGGAUGGCUUUCUGGAUUUCUGGGACUAUUACUACCGACAGAACGAAGUCACAUUUCAACAUAAGGUUUCCGACGCAGCCUUGUGGUCCAUAGCCGUUCAGAGCCAAGGGCAGCAUGUGGCAGUUGGAGACUCAGACGGGGCGGUGACUUUGCUGGAGUUGUGCGAUGGUCUGCACAUUCCAGGAGCCAACGAAAAAGUGUCUGUGGGGCAGAUAUUUGAGAGAGAGACGAGAAGAGAGAAGAACAUCGAACAGUCUCGUAAACAGGCAGAAGCUCGUAGAGCGGAAGAGAAAUCCGCCGCCAGCAAGGCAACCGAGCCUGCGACAGGCAAACUUUCUGCUCCCGAGACUCUGCAGAAACUUCGCGAGGAAUUCUUUGCCUCAGUCGGCAUUGACCCUACAACUGCGCGACCAAAACAUGAAGCUGGCAAAGCUUCGAGUUCCUCUUGCGCCUCGUCUGCUUCUCGGGCACACGAGGAGCGGGGAGGAUAG